CUUUAUUUAUAUUCAAAAUGAAUAAACAGGAUAAUUAUGCUAUUUGACUAUUUUGAUUUUGAUAGCAAUAAGGGAUAUAUUAAGAAACGAGAGAAGAGUUUUCAGGUUAGUGAAUUGAGAGAUAUUAUUUAUUGAAAUUUGAAAUAAAUGUCAAUGAAGUAAAUUUACAAAAGAAAAUUAUUCAUUUUGGAAUAAUGAGCUACAAAUCAUAACUUUUUUAGUCAGGAUAUAUUUCAACGUCUAUUUACAAAAUAGAUAUACCGCUUGAAAUAAUUGCUCAUUGAUUAUGUUGCAUCUUAAUAGAAAUAUCCCCUACCUACCUACAUUUAGAAAUAUUAGAUGCCUGAGUACUUCUGAAAUAUCAACAGCCUUGAAACCAUUUUAUUUUGCUGUACAUCCAGAUCUUUUUGGGCAGUAUCCUGAGCAAAGGAUCAUAAAUGAGAACUCUCUCCAGCAGUUGAGUUCCAUCAUGGAAACUUUACAGAAUAAAAGAGCUGUAAAACCAAUAACAUUACCAUUUUACUUAAAGGGAAAGGAGAAAAAUGGUAAGUGCAAAUUAAAUUUUUGGAAAAGUCUUUUCAAUAUAUUCUUUCAAGGAAGUUUUCGAUAUGUGAAAAUAAAUAUCAAGUCACCAAAUUUGCGGGAAACAGUUCUAACGAUCCUGAAAAGUUGUGAUUUAUCCACUGAAUAUGUGGACAAAAUUCCCAAACCUCCUGAGCCAACUUACAUAUCACAAACGAUCAAGGUUAAUGUAGAUAAAAUGGAUUUUUCUAACCUGAGUGAAAACGAUCCAAUAUUUGGUCAAUUCGUUAUAAAACAAAAAAUUAAAGAAGCUCAAGAUUCCUUCAAACUAAGAAAUUGGCUUUUUAAAAAUCAUCAGAAAGCGAAGCUUUUAGGUGAGAAAAAUAGGCCACUGGCUGAAGAGGUGAAAAGAUUGCAAGAAGCUAUUAGGGAAGAGUGGGAUUUAUUGGAAAUAAAAUGGAAUUGUGGAUGGAAUGAAACCCAGUAUAGAGGCUGUUUGCAGAGUUUCAUGGCACUAGCUGAGCAACAUCCUGACGCUAUGCAUCAGUUAAAAGGUAAAGUUCUGGUUUUUGCUCCAUUCACGGGUAUAAGUUUAGAUGGUCACAUUAUGUUGAAUAGCGCAGAAGUUCGUCAUAAUUGGCUAGAAUUGAUAAAAAAUGUCUCCUCUUAUGAUGCUGUUCUUGCAAGGAUACCGAAUUUCGAGAAAGCUGUUUCACAGGUUCUGAGAAACAUAAAAAUCGGAAGAAGGAAAUUCAUGUUUAAAAUUAUGGCAGGAGAGUAUGAAAGAAAUUUAAUGCAAAUAACUACUUCGAUGAGUGAUUAUCUUAGUUACAGGAAAUUUCCUAAAAUUUGGCCUGCAACUCUGCAGAAUUUUGAACUAGUUGUUGAAAAUGAAGCAGGACCACUAAUGGUGUCUCCAACGGGCCAAUUCAUAAUCCCUAGUUCUUUACCUGGUCAGUUACUAGUCAAUUUUAUAACAACUCACAUGGAAGAGGCAAAAAUAAAAGCAAACAACUAUAAACAGGAUAAACACAAAGAGAAAUACCUACAUAGCAAAUGUAAAAACGACUUCAAAUUAGAAUUUCUAACAAAGGACGACAACGUGACACCAGAACUAAUGAUAAAAUGCUGCGAGAAGUUAUUGAAUAACAAAAAUGAAGUCGAUACAUUUUUGGAAGGAAUGACUCUAAACAUCUGCACAUAUUAUUCAGUCCUAUCUGAUGGAGUUAUUUGUAUUCCUUGGAAUUUCGAAUUAUAACUCGUACUCAUCGAUAUUUUGUGGAAUUUAAAUGAGAGAAAUGAACUGAUAAAAUGAAGCUAUAUUUAUUAGGAAAUUUACUGAAUAAAUCAAAUUCGUAAAAAUA